AGCCAUGUCGUUGAGCCCAAAGCACACGACGCCCUUCUCCGUGUCCGACAUCCUGAGCCCCAUCGAGGAGACCUACAAGAAGUUCGGCGGCGCCAUGGACGGCGCGCCGCCCGGCCUGGGGGCGUCCCUGGGGGCCGCGGCCGCAGCCGCCUACCGCGCGCCGCCGCCGGGCCCCUCCUCGCAGGCGGCGGCCGUGGCGGGCAUGCAGCCGCCGCACACCAUGGCGGGCCACAACGCGGCGGCGGCGGCAGCGGCGGCAGCGGCGGCCGCCGCCGCGGCCGCCACCUACCACAUGCCGCCGGGCGUCUCGCAGUUCCCGCACAGCGCCAUGGGCGGCUACUGCAACGGCGGCCUGGGCAACAUGGGCGAGCUGCCCGCCUACACGGACGGCAUGCGGGGCGGCGCGGCCGCCGCGGCCACCGGCUGGUACGGCACCAACCCGGACCCGCGCUACUCGUCAAUCUCCAGGUUCAUGGGGCCGUCGACAGGCGUGAACGUGGCCGGCAUGGGGUCGCUGACUGGCAUCGCAGAUGCCGCCAAGUCGCUGGCGCCGCUGCACGCGGCGGCGGCGGCGCCGCGAAGGAAGCGCCGCGUGCUCUUCUCGCAAGCGCAGGUCUACGAGCUGGAGCGGCGCUUCAAGCAGCAAAAGUACCUGUCGGCGCCGGAGCGCGAGCACCUGGCCAGCAUGAUCCACCUGACGCCCACGCAGGUCAAGAUCUGGUUCCAGAACCACCGCUACAAGAUGAAACGGCAGGCGAAGGACAAGGCGGCGCAGCAGCUGCAGCAGGAGGGCGGCCUGGGCCCGCCGCCGCAGCCGGCGUCGCCGCGCCGCGUGGCCGUGCCGGUGCUGGUCAAGGACGGCAAGCCGUGCCAGAACGGCGCCAGCACGCCGACACCUGGCCAGGCCGGCCCGCAGCCGCCGGCCCCGACGCCCGCGCCCGAGCUCGAGGAGCUGUCGCCCAGCCCGCCCGCACUGCACGGCCCGGGAGGCGGCCUGGCGGCCCUGGACGCGUCCGCCGGGGACUACGGCGGCGGUGUGCUGGGCGCUAACCUGCUCUAUGGCAGAACGUGGUGACAGCGCGGGCGCCCCGGGGCGGGGUCCUACCUGGCCAAAGGGUCUGCAAGAAACUGCUAAAACGGAUGAGGGAUAUGUGCGGAAGCUGACUCUUAUGUACACAGAGAUCAAAAACGAACGGGUCUUGGAGAGGGGCAAACUCUGAACGUCUUUGCUGGGGGUGGGGGACAGCGACAGCCCUGGGACUGAAUAAUGUAACAUCACACCAGGAGGCUUUGAGGUGGUGAUUUUCUCCUUCCACAAGUUCCUAAAUUAUGCGAAAAGCUGGCGGAGUUCACAUCCACCAAGUUCUUAACCACAGCUCUCAAGAGUUUUAAGAGUUGGAAAGUUUGUUGGUGUUUGUAGCUGUAAAAAUCAACCCAGCUUCGUUCAUUUAACAAUGAAUCCUUUUUGAAAUGGAAUUUAUCUCGGGAGAUUAAUUUUCGAAGGGCCCCCCCAAGUGCAAUUUUAAUAAUGUUUGAUAGAAAGUAAAUUGUAGCUCAAGGUGGAUCAUAUCCAUAGUAACAUUAUUGCAGAGGAAUUAUUGCCAUUUAGGUAAUAGAGCAAUGGAAUAAUAAUCAAAAUA